CGCCAAGCUGGAAGCCGGAGUAGCUGAGGAAGACGCCUCGCUGCCUCGCGGCUGAGUGUGUUUUAUGGACCAUGUGCUGCUAUGUACGCCUCAAGUUCUUGAAAUGCAAAUUUGGAGAGACUUUGCCAUCUAAAUGCUUGGCUGGAUUAAGCGCCUAAUUAGGAUGGUUUUUCAACAGGCUGGAGUAAGCAUGCAGUCGGUACUUUGGUCUGGGAAGCCAUAUGGUUCAUCUCGAAGUAUUGUAAGGAAAAUUGGUAGUAAUUUAUCUCUGAUCCAGUGUCCAAGAGUUCAGUUUCAGCUUACCAGCCCUACAACAGAAGGGAGUCCCAGUCACCCAGAGGAGGAUGCAGUGGCAUCUUUUGCUGAUGUUGGAUGGGUAGCAGAAGAAGAAGGAGAGUGCUCAACAAGAAGAAGAACAGAGGUCCGGUCAAGGCAACCCUUUCAGGAUGACCUUCCUUUCUUUGAGAAGCCCCCAAGCAGGCAGUUUUCCUUACCAAACCUGUCUCCGGAAGAGCCUCCACUGAAGACAACACUGGCCAACGAGGAAGCACUACAGAAGAUCUGUGCUCUUGAAAAUGAGCUUGCUGCGCUCAGAGCUCAGAUUGCCAAAAUUGUGACCCUGCAAGAACAGCCAAAUCUCACUGCAGGUGAUUUAGAUUCUAGCAAGUCUGUUACCACUGCACCACCCUCUGUCCCACCACCGCCCCCUCCGCCACCUCUCCCUCCACCAGUGCUCCACCAAAGUACAUCGACCAUUGAUCUCAUCAGAGAACGGAGAGAGAGAAAAGCUGGUACUGGGAAGAUGUUGGAUAAGCACAGCCCAAAGAAACCUGAUAUGCCAAACAUGCUAGAGAUCCUUAAAGAUAUGAACAGUGUAAAACUUCGUUCAGUAAAAAGGUCAGAACAAGAUGCAAAGCCCAAACCUGUGGAUGCUACUGACCCUGCUGCCCUCAUAGCAGAGGCUCUGAAAAAGAAAUUUGCUUACCGGUAUCGAAGUGAUAGCCAAGGUGAGGCUGACAAAGGAAUUCCCAAGUCUGCAUCAGAGGCCGCAUCAGAAACAGUGUUGUUUGGGCCACACAUGCUGAAGUCUACAGGAAAAAUGAAGGCUUUAAUUGAAAAUGUUUCAAAUUCCUGAGAAACCUGGUUCAGCUGUUAGUGCUGUUUGGCUAGUAGAAAUCAACACUGUUUAGUAAAUACCUGAAUUUAAUAUUCUGUAGUCUUAAUAUUCAGUAGUCGCCUUUUAAAUCAAACUAGAGGAUUAAGCAGUAGCGAAAGCACUCUUUGUGUUUGCUUACAUCAGAAGGUCAGUUCUGAAGUUUUCCAGAACAUACUUAUUCUGACAUGUUUUUAAUGUAUAGGCAGGAUGUUUAGGUUUCCAGUUCUGAAAACAAUGAUGUGGAUUCAGAAGGAAGAACGAACAUUUGUAGAUGAGCGUUUUAAAUUCUUAACACUAAUUUAUCUAUACAAGUGUUGCGUAUGCAUAUAUUUGGAUAUAAGGCAGUCUGUGUAAAACAUAUACUGAGGGUGCUACUGUUUGUUUUCAGCAAUCAUUUACUAGUCAUUGACAAAAAGCUGGCAUAACCCAGUUUCUUGAAAUGAAACAUUGUUGGAAUGAGAUUGAAAUCUUCUUACCUCAAACAGAACCUUUUCUUAUCUUAGACUUUCUCUCACAUUUUCUUAUAGAUGGAGUUUGAGUAGGGACUGGAUAGUCCCUACUCAAUGCUCGCUGCUGAAAUUUCAUAAUGCUUUCCUUUAAAAAGGGAAGUCACCUCAAUGCCAAUCCAUUCUGAGGAAGAAAAUAUAGUUUUCAAAUAGGAAGGAAUCAAAGUCUUGAAUUAAAUCUCUUUUUAAGUAAAUCCCAGAAUGUUCCAUCUUUUUCUUUCAUUUUAAUAAAUGGCAUCAUAAAAACAACUUGUUGCUAAGUUAAUACUUCUGGAGAUUGUUGACAUAAUGGAGCUGAACAUUUUUAAUAUUGGUCAAAAUAGUAGCUUUAAAAAUGGAACACUGAAUAGGUGAAAAAUUUUCCUAUAAGGUAUACAUCAUUGGUCAGAAUGCUGUUCUGCUGAAUUACAUUAUGCAACAUAAACCUUAGCUGUUAUCAGAAAACGGAGAGCUGCCUUUCUCAUCUAGGGCUUCUAAUGAAUUGCUACAAGUGAUAAUUUUUCAAUACUUGAUAAAUCUUCAUGAUUUUCUUUAUUUCUGUUAAUCUCCGCCAUAGAUAAUGCCAGAGUCUCCUACCAUGAGUGAAUAGUUGCAUUUAUCGUUUAUAAAUAAUAUUUUUAAGUUGUAUUUCCUCUAGGGAGUGGGAGAUGAGAAGAGUAGAUAGACCUUAACUUUUAAGUUAUUGAAAAUGUGUGCAAUGUUCUAGAUGUUAGCAAAUAUUAGUUGAGGUAAUUUAUAUGGGUUGGUUAUUCAGCUUAAACUUGAAUGUGGCUUAUUUUACACAUGCUGUUGAUGUACAUUGUUUCUAAUUGUUUUAUAUGGUUUAAAAUUUCUGCCUUUAAAGCUAGUUCAUAAAGUUCACCUGACACAUGUAUUUUGACCUCCUAAGAAAUUAUACAUUUGUUACCAGUAUUGAAUUUUGGCCAGUGCUUCAAUAUAAGGAAGUCACUGUUUUGAAAUAAAACUUUUAUUUUCCUUGGACCAUAAAGCCUAUAUACAUGUUUUCUUUCUUUUUUAUGAUAGGUAAGAAGCUACAUGUGCAAUAUUAAAGAAUCUUAAGAGGAAUUUGCUUUCUACAUUUUUCAAGUGGAAAUUUACUUCUUAAAAUUGUCUCAUUCACCUUUCUCUUAAAGGGAUUCCAGCAUUAAAACAGAAGGGCAGCCCGACCAGUGUGGC